AUGGCCCCUCAAAUCCACGUGAAACAGCAAGACACCCGGUGCUCGUCAUGCCGACUGAAAGUUAUUAUCGUCGGUGCAGGCCUCGCAGGUCUUGGGUCUGCGAUCAGUUGUGCGCUUGCUGGGCACGAAGUCCAGGUCCUCGAGGCGACGCGGGAAAUCAAAGAGGUCGGCGCAGGUAUCCAGAUUCUGCCCAACAGCUCGCGCGUACUCCAACAUUGGGAUCUCGAAAAAGCUUUGGCGCCGCAUAUGACCAUUCCCCGCGUUUGCAAUUUUCUUGGAUGGAAGGGAAAUCUCAUUUCGUCUUUAGACUUUCACGCGUCGGAGAGCAAUUACCCGGGCACUUGGUAUCGUGACUUCCACCGCGCGGACCUACAGCAAUGUCUGGUUGAGAGAGCGCUCGAGUUGGGAGUUAAUAUUACGUGCAGUGCUCGUGUGGUGGAUGUUACUGUGAGCGAGGAUGGCACCACAGCUAGAGCUACCGCGGGGGAUGGGAGACAAUGGGUUGGAGAUCUUGCCAUUGGGGCGGAUGGAGUGUUUGGGAAAUUGACGGACGGAUUAUUGGGCCGAGUGGAUCCACCGGUGAAGACUGGUGAUCUUGCAUAUCGUUUGCUGUUAUCGACAGAGGAGAUGCGGAAGGACCCUGACCUUGCCGACUUGGUAACAGACCCUCAGGUCAACUACUGGUUAGGUCCAGACGCUCAUGCAGUGAACUAUGUCCUUCGCGGCGGAAAGUUGUUUAAUAUGGUACUGCUUGUCCCCGACGAUAUCCCAGAGGAAUCUUUAGCAUCAACGAUCGAAGGCAAUGUGGAGGAGAUGUGUGCUUUGUUCAAAGACUGGGAUCCUCGUAUCCCCAAGCUCUUGAAGCUCUGCGAGUCUGUCCAGAAAUGGCGUCUCUGCAUUCGAUUCGGAGACUUUGACUGGACCCAUCCCUCCGGGGCAUUUGUGAUGUUGGGCGAUGCAGUUCACGCUACAUUGCCGUAUUUGGCCUCAGGUGCUGGAAUGUCCUUCGAGGAUGGAGCAGUUCUCGGCGAAUGCCUCUCUCGACUGCCGAAUAGUCCCAACAUCUCCAAGACCUCGGCUGACUUUCUGGCUGCCAAACAACACGCCCUUGCCAUCUUCCAGGAAUGUCGCAAGCAGCGAACAAAUAUGGUUGUCGAGCGGGGAAAUAUUCAACAAUACCUCUACCACCUGCACGAUGGCGCUGAGCAGGAAGAAAGAGAUCGCAAGAUGCAGAUGGUCCCAACUCCCGAGGGAGAAGCAUUGGCUUGGCGAGACCCCGGUUUGGCACCUAAAUUGUUGGGAUAUGAUCAUAUCGCAGAUGUACGUGUUCGUUUCACUCACUCCGAACUUCACUAA